AGGAAGAGGAAGAGGAAGAGGAGGAAGAGGAGGAGAAGGAAGAGGCGGACAGAAAGAGCGAAAGAGCGAAAGAUAAAGAGCGAAACAGAAAGAGCGAAAUCUAAUACUAGUCUUAUCAGUGAACUAGUAUCCAAAGUCACCGAAAAUAUGUUUGUCUCACGAGUUUUAUCAGUGAACUAG